CGCCACCGCCGCGUGGGGCCCGAGCGCCGGCGCCGCUGCCCCGGCAGCCGCCUCGGAGGUGGAGUACUUGAACGUGCGCCUGAGCCUGCGCGAGCCCCCGGCCGAAUCAACCUAUACAUGCCUACCCCAAGGUAACAGACAACACAUUUUCAAGAUGGCUGACUGGAGUCAAGGGCAAUGGAAAAGGGAAGUAAAUUGUUUUUUUGUCCAGGACUUUGGACUCUGUAUCUCUGUGCCCGUAACUACUCAGUAAAUAGAUGUAAGAUAAAUAGCAGUUGGACCUGGGAUUCAAAGUAAAAAAUCGCUUUGGUAAAAUCUGGGCUAUCAAAUAGUGUUUGAUUCACAACUCAGGUUUCGUCUUGUCAUUCUAACGGAAUAGAAUGGCUAACCCUAGACAACCUGAAAAUCUUAGCUUGUUUUAGAAUGUACCAAAACAAACCUUUGCAAAAAGUAAAAUCAUGGUCUGUUUUAGUUGAUUUCAUUGAGAAAAAGAAUCACUCCUAAUAUCUGUAGCUUGGAAGAGGCUAGCAACUUUACAUAGUUGUGGACUCUUAGGUUCAUUUAAUUCCAAAACCUAGCUGAAUUUCAGCCACCUGAAGAGAUUUUUAGAAAUCCAGAUAUUCAGGAAGUAUGGCUGUGGGAUCUGUUUUCAAAAAAUCUACUGGAUAAUUUUUCAGCAUUGUUAAUCUAACUACUUGCUUUCAUGGUGAUUGAUUUUCUUCAUAUUUUUAUUCAAUAAUUAUGGUAGAAAGACAAGACACAUCAGAGAGUUGGUUUCACUUCUUGGUCGCACACCAGGAGUAUGACCUUGUGCGUGUUCCUCAUCCUUCCUGAGCCCCAGUCUGCCUCUGUGAUGGUCUUCUAGCUCCCACGUUCACCAGUGCUCUGAAUUACGAGUUUGGGCUGAAGGACCAUUAGCGAAUGAAACAUCUUGUGACAUUGUAGUUCUCAUUGCCUAAGACAAAGGUGAAGGCAUCCUCUUACUACAGCCUGGAAAACAUGAAUUUCCAUUUAGCUUCCAACUUCCAUCUGAACCUUUGGUAACCUCAUUCUCCGGGAAAUAUGGAAGUAUUCGGUACUGUGUGAGAGCAGUUUUGGAACGACCCCAGGCACCUGAUCAGAGCAUUAAGCGGGAACUCCAGGUUGUCAGUCACAUCGAUGUCAACACACCAGCAUUACUAACCCCUGUAUUGAAAACGCAAGAGAAAAUGGUUGGCUGUUGGUUUUUCACUUCUGGUCCAGUCUCACUGAGUGCCAAAAUUGAAAGAAAGGGAUACUGUAAUGGAGAAGCUAUUCCAAUCUAUGCAGAAAUAGAGAAUUGUUCCUCUCGUCUGAUUGUUCCUAAAGCUGCCAUUUUCCAGACGCAGACUUACCUGGCCAGUGGGAAAACGAAGACCGUGCGGCUCAUGGUGGCCCACGUGCGCGGGAACCACAUCGCCUCCGGGAGCACCGACACCUGGAACGGGAAGACCCUCAAGAUCCCGCCUGUGACGCCGUCCAUCCUGGACUGCUGCAUCAUCCGAGUGGACUACUCCUUAGCUGUGUAUAUUCACAUUCCCGGUGCUAAAAAAUUGAUGCUUGAGCUGCCUGUAGUGAUUGGCACGGUUCCAUACAAUGGUUUUGGCAGCAGAAACUCCAGCAUUGCCAGCCAGUUUUUUAUGGAUAUGAGCUGGUUGACGCUGACUCUGCCAGAACAGCCUGAAGCACCACCAAAUUACGCAGACGUGGUGUCGGAGGAAGAAUUCUCUAGACACGUUCCUCCUUACCCUCAACCCCCUAACUGUGAGGGGGAGUCGUGCUGUCCUAUGUUUGCCUGCAUUCAGGAAUUCAGAUUUCAGCCUCCGCCUCUUUAUUCAGAGGUUGAUCCACAUCCUAGUGAUGCAGAAGAGACCCAGCCUGUUUCCUUCAUUCUCUGAACGUAUUUCAGAAAUCACUGUGUUCAUCACCAAAUUAGAAUGUUGGUUCUUUCCCCCUGUCUUUUUGGGGAAGAGGGAGGGAAGAUUAGCUUAAGAACAUAAAUAGACAUCAAGACUGAAGGUGAUAGAAAUUAAAGAAUGCGUGAACUUUCCAGUGGGCCAACAGGAUUGUUGCACAAGUUUGUGAUGUGGUCUUGUAUCCCUUUAGAACUAUGGGACAAAGAUGUGAAAAGUCACAGAAUGUAAUGGAAGUCCUGAUGGUGAUAGAGUAAGUGAAGAGUGCCUAUGCUGACCCAAGAGAAAGGUGCCUGUAAACAGUGAAAACACUAUGCGAGCAUAUCUUUACAAAGGUUUCUCAAAGUAGAACAGAUGUAUCCUCAGCUUUAAGGCAGUAUGGACGCAUUGGGAGGAGACUUGAUUUUGGAGAACGUAGCAGCGCAAGGGUGUGCAUGAACAGGAAAGGGGCCCACUCUAAAUUAAACAUGAAGCGAGACCCUCUGGUGUCAGGGUCUUCAUGAUUUCUAACCAUAUUCCAUAGGACUGAAGUCCUUAAAAGAAUCCUUUUCGGAGGUCAUGGUCUUAUGAGGUUCUAAUAAAGUAAUACAGUUUUCACUCUUUUAA